AUGCUUAUACUUCAUCCCUUUUUUAAUCAACAGGUACAGCUUACUGGCCUGGAUACGUUCUGCUCAUGGGUUUUGCAGUUUUUAAAGAAAGCCAUUGUACAGAUGUUCCCAGAUCACAGUGACAAGCUUGCAGACAGGGCAGUCCUGCAUACUCACACGUGGGAGCAGGUACAGCAGGUACAGCACCUACUCUACCUGCAACAGAGCAGCCAGCUGGUGCUUGGGCGAGAGGCUGACGUAAGCUCCAUACUACAUCACAUAACAGCAAAUAUCCGGGAUACUCUGGCAAGGCAAACUUUCAAGCAACCAAAGGAUGCUGAUGGCCAAAGAAGUGGCAACCAGAGUCGUAGAAGUAAUUACUCCAGGAAGGCAAGCAGGAGAGAAACAGAAGAGAAAGAAAAGCUAAUGGCAGCAGGGAAAGCAUUCAUCUUCAUAACUGGACCCUCUGGGAUGGGAAAGUCAGCUCUGGUAGCCAGAUGUGUCAUGGAAGCUUCAAAGAUAACGGACGCUGGCCGGAAGCGAGCCAUAUUGUUGAGCUCUGUGGGCAGCAAGACGUACAGUCUGAUGAGGAACUUAUUGAGUCCUGAUAAGCCGGGGGAUAAAUCGUUCACGGAGUUGACGUGCUUGCUUCAGUCACAUUAUAACCCGAAGCCGAGUGAAAUAGUCCAAAGGUUCAAGUUUAAUUCAAGGACAAGAGUGGCUAAUGAAACGGUAACGGAGUAUGUUGCAGUGCUGAGAGAGCUGGCGCAACACUGUAACUAUGGUGACAGACUGACAGAAAUGCUACGUGAUAGGCUCGUAUGUGGCAUUGCAGAUGACCGCAUACAACGAAGAUUGUUAGCGGAGCCUGAGUUGUCAUUUGAAAAGGCCUUAAAGCUGGCACAGGUCAUCGAGACAGCGAAUAAAGACAUUCGUGAUUUACAACCAAGAACAAUCGAGGGGGUUGGGAGCAGGAGUGCUACCCCACUGCCAGUGCAUAAAGUGGUGAUGGAGCAUAAACAACAAUGGAAGUCUGGUCAGUUUUCCUGUUACAGGUGUGGCGGUGAACAUCUGUCACAGAACUGUCGUUUCUUAAAUGAAAAAUGUCAUGCUUGUGGAAAAAAGGGCCAUGUGAAGAAAAUGUGCAGGUCGACGCCCUCUAGGGACCAGCAGAGGAAGGGGGAGGAAAAGAGCAGCAUAAAGGACAGAAAGGGAAACCGGAAAAUAAAACAACAGUAUGCACACCACAUGCGUGAAGCUACAGACCAACAAACCAGUGAAGAAGAGGAAGUGUUUACUAUGCUUAACAUGAAAGAGUCAAGGAUGGAAAGAGUCGAUCCCAUUACAGCACAGUUGGACUUAAAUGGUAAAAUGGUCCAUUUUGAAGUGGAUACUGGAUGUAGUGUGACAGUUCUGUCAAAGGCUGAAUAUGGGAAGUUAUGGCAAGAAAAUGAAGCUCAGGAGUUGCAGGACUGUUCAGUGACCUUGAAAACAUAUACAGGUGAAAAAGUCCCCACCCUAGGGAUGGCAAAAGUAACUGUAACACACAAAGACAAAGUCAAACAGUUGCCAGUCAUGGUGGUGGCAGGUAGCGGACCAAACCUGUUAGGCCGGGCGUGGCUAAAGGAGCUGAAAAUGGGCUGUCUACAGCUCCAUAAAAUAGAACAGCAUCUGCUGACCUUGCAAGAUGUGCUGGAGAACAAUGAAGAAGUGUUCAAAGAGGAACUGGGUACCUGGAGGGGUCCACCAGCCAAGAUACACGUCAAAGAAAACGCAACGCCAAGAUUUUACAAACCAAGACCCGUACCAUACGCAAUGAAGAAGAAAGUGGAGACUGAGCUGGAGCAACUCACAAAGCAAGGUAUAAUUGAACCAGUAAAGUUUUCGGAGUGGGCAGCACCCAUUGUUACAGUAUUAAAGCCAGAUGAUACUGUACGCAUAUGUGGUGACUACAAGCUAACCGUUAACCAAGUCUCAAAGCUGGAGCAGUAUCCAAUACCAAAGUUGGAGGAUUUAUUUGAAAAGCUGUCUGGAGGUGAAAAGUUUAGCAAACUGGACCUCAGUCAUGCAUAUCAACAAGUCGUUCUGGAUGAAGGGUCAAAGUCAUAUGUCACCCUUAACACACACAAAGGUUUGUUCCAAGUUAAUCGUUUACCCUUUGGUGUUUCCUCUAGUCCAGCUAUUUUCCAGAGAAUAAUGGAGGGACUGGUGGCAGGAAUCCCAAAUGUGGCUGUCUAUUUGGACGACAUCCUGCUGACGGGUAGGAACAACCGCGAGCAUCUGGAGACUUUGAACGAGGUGCUGAGGAGACUGCGAGAGGCUGGUCUGCGGGUGAAGCGGAGUAAAUGUGCUUUCAUGGAAAAGGAAGCAGAGUUCCUGGGUUACAAGGUGGAUGCAUCGGGCCUACACCCCCUGCCAAACAAGGUAAAAGCCAUACGACAGGCACCUGCACCCACAAAUGUUACAGAACUGAAGGCCUACUUAGGCUUACUCAACUACUAUAACAGGUUCCUACCAAACCUGUCAACGCUGUUAGCUCCUUUACAUAAACUAUUAAGGAAGGAGACCGUGUGGACGUGGCAGGAGGAACAGGACAGAGCGUUUGAGCAGUCCAAGGAGCUAAUGCAGUCCUCCGAGGUGUUGGUGCACUACGAUACUCACAAGGACUUAAUUCUGUCAUGUGAUGCAUCACCUUAUGGGCUAGGGGCCGUGUUGGCACACCGCAUGCCAGAUGGACAAGAAAGACCCAUCGGGUUCAUGUCACAAACCUUAACCCCAGCAGAGUCAAACUAUUCCCAGCUAGACAAAGAGGGUUUGGCUGUAAUUUUUGGAAUUAAGCGCUUCCAUAAAUACCUCUAUGGCAGGAAGUUUAUUGUUUGCACCGAUCAUAAGCCAUUGUUGUCGCUGUUCAACGAGAUGAAAGCAGUGCCUCAGAUGGUUUCUCUCCGCAUUCAGAGAUGGGCUGUAACAUUGAGAGCUUAUGAAUAUGAGAUUGUUUAUAAGUCCGGGAAACACCGUAGCAAUGCGGACGCACUGAGCCGCCUACCUCUACUUGGGCAUCUCAAGGAGGAGGAAACGGAGGACCGAGUUCUGAUGAUGGAGGACAUCACGUUGGUGUCAGCGAGGGAACGGAGCGGAUGGACACGCAAAGACCCUGUGCUGUCCAGAGUGUUUCAGUUGGUCCAGCAAGGCUGGACAACACAACAAACUGAUCCAGUUUUUCAGCCCUAUGUGGUGAGAAAAACAGAGUUGAGUGUGCAAGAUGGAUGUGUGUUGUGGGGGGCACGAGUGAUAAUCCCUCCCCCAGGAAGAAGUGCACUUUUACAACAGCUGCACCAGGGUCAUGUGGGCAUCACCAGAAUGAGGGCCUUAGCACGAAGUUAUUUCUGGUGGCCCAAGUUGGACCACGACAUUGACGUCGCUGUGAAAGAGUGCAACACCUGUCAACAACAUCACAACUCACCUGUGGCUGCACCACUACACCCAUGGGAGUGGCCGAGUAAACCAUGGCAGAGACUUCAUAUAGACUAUGCAGGUCCUUUUAUGGGGUCAAUGUUUUUGAUAAUAAUGGAUGCUCAUUCUAAAUGGAUGGAUGCCUACCCCGUCAAAACAGCCACUUCCACCACUACCAUCGAAUGCCUGAGGAAAAGUUUCAGUAGCCAAGGACUACCAGAGACUAUUGUAUCAGAUAAUGCUUCAUGUUUCAUGAGUGUGGAGUUCAAGGAUUUUCUGGAAAAAAAUGGCAUUGUACACGUCACGUCGGCACCAUACCAUGCUGCUUCAAAUGGCUGUGCUGAAAGGGCUGUCCAGACCUUCAAAUCAAUGAUGAAAAAGGCCGGAGAAGGAAGUAUGGCAGCAAAAGUGUCAUGGGUGUUGUUCAACUACCGCAUUACACCCCAGUCUACGACAGGAUUGUCACCUGCAGAGAUGUUGCAAGGACGGAGACUGAGGUCAACAUUGGAUCUGGUGCAUCCAAACCUCAGAGCUAAGGCGGAGAGGAGACAGUGGGGGCAAAAAGAACAUCAUGACCGACGACGGCGAGAGAGAAGUUUCCACGUGGGAGAUGCAGUGAUGACUCGAAACUUCAGCUAUGGACCUAAAUGGAUUCCAGGAUUCGUUGCCAAGAGCACGGGUCCACUGUCGUACAAGGUUUUGUUGAAUGGAGGUUUCUUGGUGAGGAGACAUGUGGACCAGAUUCUGCGGAGCGAACAGAAGAAGGACUUCAUGGAACUGCAAGCCUCGGAAAUACCAUUAGUUUCUGGAGAAGUGCUCGCAGCUGCAGGAGGAUCCCCGAUCCUGGUGCCAGAGAAAGACAGCAUGGACUCGAAAGGAGAGGUUCCAGAGGGACCAACCUUUUCAGGGAUGGACACCCCUGUACCAGAAGUGGUAAACGUGACACCUGAGUCACCUAGUGUGGUUCCAUUGCGACGUUCUAAACGUGUACUGCUGCAAGGUGUAUCACUGUUUUACCAUUUUGUGGGCUGCAGUCUUGCAUCAACUGACCUUAGGGACCUGCUGAAGAGGUUGUGCUGCUUUUUGCUCCCUGACCAGAAAGUACAGACAGACAUCUUGCAGCAGAUGGAUGAUGCAGAGAACAAUGACAUCUUAAAGGAUGUCCUUGAAAAGAAUAUUGUGCCGACCAGUGAACCCAGAAAAUCAAUAGUGGUCUUCAUUGAUGCCAUCAACCAGCUUACCAUGAGCUCUGCAGACGCAGACUUUCUGCUUUGGCUGUUAACGGAGCACCUUCUAUCCUUAAACUGUAGAUGUGUGCUAAGUGCAACCACACUCCCUGCCAUAUUUCAACCAUUGUUACCUGUCGUUAAAGAAAUUGGACCUCUUUCUUCUGAUGCAGCUCAGAGUCUGGCAGUCACCUAUUUAGCUCGUUAUAACAAGCGACUAGAUCCUGGUCAAAUAAAACUCCUGAUGCAAAAACCAGAAUCUCACAAUCCCCUCUGGCUUACACUGGCAUGUGAAGAACUUCGUAUUUUUGGGGUCUUUGAAAGGGUGACACAACUAAUCCAAAACUUUGCAGAGACUCUAGAAGGACUUCUGGGAAACAUUCUGGAUCGUUUAGUACAAGAAGAUGAGACAACCCUUAUUUAUGAGAAAAUCCAACACUGCACUUUCAUCUGCACUAACAUUAAUGUUGACACAUUUAUUCUUCCUGGUGUAGAUACCUUUGAUAUCCAACUCACACAUAUUCUGGAAUAA